UAGAUUUUCAGUCUGAUAUACAAAAUUAUGGUAUAGAAAUUUGGGUUUGUAUGUUCUUUUCUGGAUUUAUAAAAUGAUAAGGCGAUUAUCAUGUUACAAGACGGUCGUGCGACCAAUACCGAUUCUAACCAGCCAAUUUGUGAGGCGAAAUUCCAAAUUAAUAGUUGAUAACGAUGAGAUUGCGGCCGAAGUAACAACACCGUACAUAUUGCCAGAUCGUAGCUAUAAAUACAAAGAAGGAAAAGUUUACAAUGAAUUCCUAUGUGAACGCGUCGAGUACAUUUCCGACUUUGAACUCAUGUCCUGCACCAUGCGACACUUGGGCACUGGAACAAAGUUAUGGUAUAUUGAUCGGAACGACACCAAUAACGUAUUUUCAAUAAAUUUUCGUACGCCACCAUUCGAUUCUACUGGCUUGCCGCAUAUUUUGGAGCAUCUGGCUUUGUGUGGAUCGAAGAAGUUCCCUGUCCGUGAUCCAUUUUUCAAGAUGCUUAAUAGAUCUGUGGCAACAAAUAUGAAUGCGCUGACUGCAGUUGAUUUUACGGUGUAUCCGUUUUCGAGCAGAAAUGAAGUUGAUUUUAGAAACAUUCAGCAAAUAUAUUUGGACGCCGUUUUCAGCCCGAAUUUAUACUAUCUAGACUUUCUUCAAGAGGGCUGGCGCUUUGAGCACAGUGAUAUAAAUGAUCCGAGGUCUGAAAUUAUGUUAAAGGGUAUAGUUUAUAACGAAAUGAAAGGAAUAUUUUCUGAAAAUACCCGAAUUUUUAAGAGAAGCAUGAUUAAGAAUCUUUUGCCUAGUUACGCGUACAGUUAUGUUGCCGGAGGGGAUCCAUUGGAGAUACCAAAAGCAACGUAUGGUAAUUUAAUUAAAUUCCACCGCAAAUAUUAUCAUCCCAGCAACGCACGCAUCUUUUGUUACGGAUCUUUUGAUCUAGCAAAAACACUAGAGCUACUCGACAAGGACUAUUUAUCGAAAUACAAUGUUAUUGAUAAUUCAUACAGCCGCUCACCAUCAGAGCCCCGAUGGUCUCAGCCACGUUAUGCCCACACUAUUGGUCGCCUUGAUAACAUGGGUGCUUCUGCCGACAAACAGAAUCAAAUUGCUAUUGGAUUGCUCAUGUGCGAUACGACUGAUGUUCAGGAAUGCUUUGAAUUAAAAGUGCUUACAGAGAUUUUAAUUCGAGGUCCCAAUUCGCCUUUUUAUAAAUCUUUAAUAGAGCCUAAUUUCUCUGGCGGCUACAAUAAGAACACUGGGUUUUUCUCACUGUGCAGGGAUUCGUAUUUUAUAUUGGGCUUACAUGACUUAAGCGUGGAAAACUUUAGCAGGUUUAACGAUCUAUAUAGUCAAACCAUUUUAAAAGUUGUAGAAAGUGGAUUUACGCCGCAACAUAUUGAAAGUGUUUUAAACAAAAUAGAAUUGUCUCUUAAGCAUCAAAGCCCAGAAUUUGGAAAUUCGAUAUUGUUCAGUUCAAUGACUCUCUGGAACCAUGAUGGUAAUGUAGUUGACAAUUUGCGAGUCUCAGAUAUGAUUGGCAGACUCCGAACACGUCUAAAAGAUGAUGAGAACUAUUUGCAGAAGAAAGUCGAAAAGUACUUCAUAAAAAAUAAUCAUAAGCUUACUUUAACUAUGGCGCCUGACGAAAUGUACGAGAAUAAUUUUAAGCAAGCUGAGGAUAAUAUAAUUAAAGCCACGCUGAAUACAUUCGACUCAGCUAAGUUGGGCGUAAUAUAUCAGAAUGGCCUUAAACUAAAAGAAUGGCAAAUUGCACCUUACAAUCCAAACGAUUUACCUUGUGUUUCUAUUGGCGAUGUUAAAAACCCACUUAGCUACCCAAAGGUAGAUAUCAAAACAAUUGAAGGUGUUCCCACUUAUCUCUGCGGUGUAUCUACUAAUGGAAUAACCUAUAUUAAGUGUUUUUUCAAUAUAUCAGGACUAAGCCAAGACGACGUCAUGUUUGUUCCACUAUUCUGUAAGGUUCUAAAUAAAUUCGAUACAUCAAAUCGAAAUUUCAGGGAACUAGACGAAUUGAUUUUAACAAAAACUGCAGGAAUUAACUUUAAACUGUUUUUCGUUGAAAAUGUAAGGGAUGCAAAAUCUUACAGAAUUGGUAUAAUGAUGACAACACAUACUCUUGAUAAAAACGUUCCCGAUAUGUUCGAACUAUGCCAGGAGUUACUACUUAAUUUUAAACUUGAAGAUAUGGGAAGACUUAAGAUGUUUGUUGAGAACUACAUUUCUACAGUAUCCAAGAAUAUCUCAGUUAAAGGACAUUUACACGCUAUGCUAGGAUCUGCUGCACUGGUAACCAGUGCAUCGAAGUUAAAGUCUUUAUUAACCGGCAUUGAUCACAUUAGUUUCAUGAAAGCGUAUAUUGAAGAAAAUAGCACUGAGAAUAUACUAAAUAGAUUCCAAAACAUUGGUACAAGAGCUUUCAGCAAAAGUAACUUACAAGUGGCAAUAAACGCCUCAGAGGCUCAGCACCCCGCAGCCGUACAAUGUUUGGAAAGAUUCUUAAACUCAUUACCAGCGAGUGAACAAGUAAUAACCGAUCAGGCUGUAGAUUUUCUUAAUCCUGUAUCUUCUACACACCAUUACCAUAUGAGUAUUCCAUUGAGUUAUUGCGCCAAGUCAUUUUUCGCAGUUCCGUAUUUACAUGAGGACCACCCAAUAUUACGAGUACUUGCAAAAUUUAUAUCUUCCAAGUAUUUAUUACCUGUAGUGCGCGAGCAAAAUGGAGCAUAUGGUGCAGCGCCAACAUUGGAUCUGAAUGAAUAG